UUAAAAAAACAACAGUAAUUUUUAAACCAGUCGUCCAUCGGCGUAGUUCGUCAAGCAAUUUGGAAUUUCCCAAAUUGUCGCGGAGAUUUUUCAAAAAAAAAGACAAUCGCUGUCACACAUCCAUCCGGUUGCGUUGCAGAUCGGUUGAGAGUCGAAACAGGACAGGAUCUAGAAGAGAGAGAGAGCUGCCAACGUGGCGUUGGCUGCCGAAACGGCUUUAUCCAAACUGCGGUCCUGAACCUUGCAACCACCUCCUCGUUUGCCUCCCCUCAUUCCCUCCUGUUUCAUCGGACGUUGCACUGAUGCAGGCGAGGCGUAUGAGAAACGACCGCCUCGCUAGAAGAUAGGAUUGUCAUCCACAAAAGGAAGAGUCUAGACUUACAAUUCGCGGACGCGACGUGCGCGUCCGUCUUCUCCCAUCUCUCUGGGACUCGUAAUCUCGUCGCGUGAAAAACACGGAGUAUAUACCGGUAUAUACUCCGUAUAUACUCCGUAUACUCCGGGAAAAAGUAACACAACGCGCAAUUGAACGAAGCGGCGUCCUCAAUAAUGUAAAUAAUCCAGAAAAUGUAUCAACAUAUCUCAGAAUAAUCGGUCUUCAAAAUUUCGCACUCAAGCAAAUUUAUUUAAAGUCGAAAAACACGAGAUAAAUUAAAAAAAUAGAAUAAUUAUAAUAUAAAAAAGAAAGCAUCUCAUAAUUCACACGCGUACACAUCCUGUUCUCUCUCUCUCUCUCUAGCGCGAAAUAUUGCCGGAACGUUGCGGGAAAAUUAGUUUGCAAAAUUGAAACAUCGCGUGCAAUAUUCAAACAAAAUUUUGUCGCAAAUUUAGAUCCGCUCUCUCUCUCCGUGUAUUCUCUCUCCGCGAUAAUAUAUUUUAAAACAUAUUUAUGUGUGCGAGACGCAUCUCCGUGCAUCCCUGAUGCGUUAAUCUGCGCGUCAUUCACCGAAAUUCAGUUUCAGUACACUUGUUAAUUCAUUCUCUUAUCAAUUUCUAUGUCACGCCGGUGUAACGCCGUAUGGUUGUAAGCAACUUCGAUCUUUACUUCGUCGUCAGCAGUCCUGGAUACGUCAGGAUGUGUCGUGAACCGUGCGGAAAGCGCGCGCUUUAACGCUAGAUUGAGCUUCAUCCCCGCAUGUAUCUUUGCCCCCGUUCCGUAGAAUGUCGCUGCGACGCGACACUUUGCGAGAUACACGCGAGAGUUCGUCAAAACAGGCCACAACAGGCUAUGUGUGUAUACGUACGUAUGUAUCGGCGGGACAUUAUGCGCGCUACACGGCGUAUCGAGUACACAUUGAAUACCCAUCGCGAACGAACUACGUGCGCGAGGCGUAAGAUUGUCGCUCGAGAAGGGGAGGAGGGGUUUAGCGGUGUGUCGCCUCUGCGUCGACACUUCAAGGUUUACCAGAAGGAAGAGAGAAACGAAUUUCGUGCGCGCGCGAAGUUUACGGUAGAAGGUCGAUUAUUGAGAAGAAGCGAACGAGAGAGACGAAGGAAACGAAGGAUUACGGAGAGAGUAUACGCUUGAAUAUAAAACUUGAUCAACUUUUUGAUAUGACGUAAAAGUGUUCUAUCUUUCUUAAAUAUAAGAUAAGCGGCGCAAAAUUCGCAAUGUGAUCGUAUCUGACUAUGUGAAGAGAGAGAGAGAAGAGAGAGAAAGAAAGGGAGAGAGAGAGAGAGAGGAAAAAAUUUACGCGUCUGUAUAUCUCUCGCCGUAUACUCCUCCGCAUGACACUUGAUAUCGCUCUAUUAAGGCGAAGGUAAAACGAAAAUGAGGUUGCCGUUGAUGUUUUCGUCUAUCGUAAAAGCUUGUCACGGAUGAAAUGGCGUGAGCGGAGAGACGUGUAUGUGUAUGUGUACCGUACGAACACACAUUUGCAAGUGCGAAAACACAAGAUUUAUGUACGCAAUACACUGACCCAUUAGCCAACAAUUUCUGCGGAAUAUUUCUGCGAGAUGUCUGUCGUCUUCGAAACGCAUAGAGAAGACGGAACCAAACGCGACAGAUUUGAGAUUCGAAAUUAAAAACGUUAAAAAACCAUGAGACGAUACGCGUAAUAACAAGACAGAGAGAGAGAGAGAGACAGAGUGAUCGUAUAAUAUGAUCGUAGAAAUUGGUGAUCGACGGCAACGUUAAACCGUUUGAAUGUAGUUGCGCUGUUUCUCAUCUUUUCACAGUCGACACGGACUUUAUCUGAUCACCCUGAAUCUGUUGGUGAUGCGUCGUACGGCACGAAUCAAACGGGAGAAACGAUGGCAAAUCGCAAUAGCACAACGCACGCCGACGCGAUGACGAGAAAACUGAAUCUCACGUCGAUGAUUUUUCUUCCCUCAACCGUGAUAGCGGCCGCAAUUAACGCCGAGACGAAUGUUUCGCCUAAUCCGUCCACAGUGGUGACGACGAGCGAUCCCGAAACUGUCACCACCACCGCCAAGGCGCACCAUCACGUCUCCAACGUGACGGAGUACCUCGUCGAACACGAUGAGCUCGAUCAAAGUAUCCUUCCCAGCUUUUCAGACAUACAGACCGUUUUACUCGCGUGCAUAUCGACGUUAUUGCCGCUGAUCAUCGCCUUGGGAAUCGCCUUCGGCUGCAGACACGUUUGGCGAAAGUAUCGAAGCGGCGAGAAUGGUUUCUUCUGGAAGAAGAGCGGUUGCGCUAGCGACAACACGACCGAGUCGCAGCAUCAUCACCCACACUCCGGAAACGUUACCGUUGAAGCCGCUACGAGGGUUCUCUCCGCGCAAGACUUGGUGAAUGGCCUAGAUGUUCCCCGAUACAUGAGCGAGACCGAGGUGAUGGUGGACGUGAAUGUCAGCCCGACGACGGACGUGAUGGAGUACACCACCACAUCCAGCGGCAACCACACCAGCAAAAAUGCAAACGGGAACAUCAUCACCCUCACCCUCAAGAAUAAUCAUCUGAUCGUGGAAACGGAAGAACGCGCGGUAACGAUGGAGGAUAGCAAACCCGCGUCAAGAUACAAAGAUAGCGGAUGUUCGUACGUGGUGGACGUUCAACCGGAUUACGACAAGGAGGAAUCGGAAGGUAACAAAGAAUCCUCCGACGAUAUGACCGCCGGUGUUACCGAUCAACAGGCUCUGGUACACAGAGAGGAAAUACCGGAGGAUAGAUCGUCAAAUUUCGACUGUACGCGAUACAGACUGUACGGACUGUUUGGGAGCACCAACACAGGAUUGUCGCAGUCGGAUCUCUCAAUAUCAAGUCAAGGUUCGGCGAAUCCGAGUUACCGCUACGGGAAUCAGGUCGAGUACGACGUCGGGCAUCUCGGUUAUCCGAUGUACGGUGGCAGUUACGAGUCCGAUGUGCUCUCGAGAAAAUUAGAAGGGCGAUCCAAGUGGAUCGAGUUCGACAAAUCGCCGGACAUUGAGAAGACACUGUUGGACGAUUCCAGAAAUUUGACCAGCGAGGAGGACGACGAGAAAAGCCCUCAGUUCUAUGGGAAAUCAAAAAACAUGUCGUCCUUGCAAGAUGUGAGCGCGACGAUGCGAAAGGACUCGUUGGAGAUCAACAGUUUUCCGGACGCCGUGCGAUCGAAUCCGAAUCUACAGGUGAACGGGGCGACGCCGAAUAAACUGGAGAUCAUGGAGCAGAAAGCUCUGAGCAACGACUUCGCCUCGAGCAAGUCGACGGAGAUCAACAAGCCCGUGAUAACCGGUGUGCUGUUGAAGAACGACGUGCAGGAGGACGCGUUUCAGGAGCAGCAGCGAAAAUUGGGCAACGGCACGCUGACGCCGGAACACAACAACAAAGAGAACGACACGACGACGGAUCGCAAGCCGGAAGGCAGCGUCUUCGUGCCGAGUCACAAACGCGCGGGCAGCAUCCCGCCGCGACUGAUCGAGGAGACGCUCGAGAUUGAUCGCAAGAAGCCGCUGGACAUUUACAACAAGUACAGUCAAAUCAAAACAAGCACCAGAAGCAUGCUGCCGAGUCUAAGCCCGAAGUUCGAGCUGCUGCAGAACGAGGUGAGUCCCAUCGAGGAGAAGGAAAGUUAAUGCGCGCGCCAAGGGAAAUCUCUCGUCGUCGCACGAAAUCGGUGGUGAUGGUAAAUCCUCCCGAUCGUCUCGUCGGGAUGCAACGUCCUCGGGAUAUAAAUUGCAACGAAAGAUACACUAGUCAGGGAAUACUGAAGAAACGCGCGCAGCGUUAAAUGGUUGUACUUGUAGGAAUUUAUAUUAAUAGUUGGUAUAUAGAGCGCGUUCCGCGCGCGAGAAUGUACACUAUCGUUCAAAAGUUAGGAAGCACCACGUUUUUUCUUAGUGAAACAAAAUACGAGUGCGAAUAUUUUCAAAAAAAAAAGGUGUGAGAAUCUUCUCUCAUCGCAUGUUUUUAACAUAGUAUUGCUUCAACUUGGAUUAAUCGCUCGUUAUAUAACAUACUAAUUAGUAAAAUUAACAAUAAGUCAACUCCGAGCAAUCAUCAAAUUCUUAUUGCUCGGAUUUGAUCCGUUAAUUAACUUUCAUUAUUAAUACAAUUAUUUUUAUAAUCGUAUUUUCGAGAUAAAUUAUUUCAUUAAAAAACUUUUGCCGAAUGCUACUUUCAAACUUUUGGACGACAGUGUAUAUGCGACGGAGUCGGUGUUGUAACGAUCGGCUACAUAUUUAUUUGCGCAAAUGUGAUAAGCACUUGGCAAAUCUCAGAGCCGAACACCUAAACGAGUAUUGUACUUAUACUUGUAUGUCCCAUGCGACGAGGCGAAUUUUAAAGUGAGAAGGUAAACCGAUUUAAACUGAGAAAAAAAAACAAAGAGAGAACUUUUUGCGAGACCGAGAUAAAAGCGAUAAUGAUUAAUAGUAGCAAUUAUGUCGAUUGUGAGCUAAUCAAAACCUACUGCAAAUGUGAAUCUUUUUUCAUCGAUUUCAUAUAGAAAUACAGACUUGUGAUAGUGAUAAAUAGCCAUGUAUUUCCAAAAAAAUCAACAUUGAUAAUAUUAUAG